AAUGAUGAUGAUGUGACGAACAUGAUGGAAGAGUAUGAUAAGUUGGGAUCCAGUGAUGGGUUCACUAGGCUUAGGAUUUUCCUCUUCUCACAUCGUGAUCAUGAUGGUUCCUCGCAUUUUAUUGAUGGGGAUGAAAGGGAGACUGAGAGGAGAUAUGUGGAUGCUCUGAAUAAUUUGAAUGAUAAUUUGGAUUUUAGGAAGUUGCAGCUACUCGACUCUCCUUCUAUCAUUCCUCCUGAUGAAAUUCAUGCAGCAGAGCAGUUCUUUAACACAAUGAGUAUUGAGGGAAGUCUUCAUAGUCAGAGAAGCUGCGAGAUGCCUAUGACACAGUAUAACUUGCAUCACCUCACAGUUCCUCACAUGGGAUCGGGGCAACAUCAGCAACCGAUUACUCAAAGAUAUAAUGAAAUGGAUGGCACUUGGAGUCCUGCUUAUUAUUCUCCUAGGCAUCAUGCCCCCCUUGAUCCAAGAUCAAUAGCAGAAUUCCCAUCUUCACCUUCAUCAGCACGGUUUCGUGUGCCAUUUGGGGAAUUACCAGAUAAAGGCUUGGAUAGACUCCCUGAUGAGUAUACACGGCAGCAAACAAAUCAUCAUCCCACGUAUGACCACCAACCACACCCUGACAAUGUAAUGUGGAUGCCAGCUGGAAGCAUAUCAGGUGAUAAGAAUGGGUUUCCUGGAAAUAUACUCAAUGGUCCUGCUGUAUAUGAAGGCACUGUUUGUGACCAUUGCCGCGUUACAUUCCAUAGAAAUCAACCACCUUCGGAGCAGCCUAACAUGGGAAAUGGACUUCCGCAGAUACCUAUUCCAGCUGCAGAGUGCCCCCCUAAUAGAGAGUCUUUUAAAAUGAAUACAGAUGCAAAAUUUCAUCAUGGCAUUUACCCUAAAGAUCAUAAUGAUCCUCGAUGUGUUUACAGUGAAACUUACAGUCAUGAAAGGGGAUGGAUUCUGCCACAUCCACUGAAUCCUCGGGUUGAGGAAACAAGGGCGCAAAUCUCCAGCUCUGGAAGAGUGAAUGAUCAUUAUUUAGUUGACGGUUCUGGCAUGAAUUUCCCUAUUGGGCAUGGUAAUUUAGUGGAUGGUCAUCCUAUAUCAUCGAAUUAUGUCCCUCACAGAGCUGGACCUGAAAUGUCAACUGAUGGCUUUCAUGAUCCAACUUUGACUGCUCAUGCCCACUUGCAUGUUCCUUCUGCUGAAGAACGUGCGGUUCGAUAUGGGAAUUAUUCGUAUGCUCAUGGGGCAGAUAAUGUUUAUCCAGUUUCACAUGGACAUGGACAUCCACAAACAUUAUGGAGAAAUAUUCCAAACCAUGUUUCUGGUGCUCCCUCUUAUGAAGCAUCUGGCUUACCUCCUCAAGUGAAUGGCACAGUUAAUCCAACUUUACUCCGUGCUCCAGCGGAGGGCAGCACGAGGUUUCGUAUUGGACUGGAUAAUCAAAAUCCUUGGAUAGACCAAUCACAAAAAAUGUUGGGUUAUAAAGAUCAUAGUGCUCCUCUUGAAGAUGCAAAGCUAUCUGUUAACCGUUUGAGUUUCCUGCCUGAGUUGAUUGCUUCUGUUAAAAAAGCAGCUUUAGAAGAGGCUGAGGAGGUGAAAGCCAAUGCUGAAGAAAAUGUUGAUUCUGUAGAACACAACUUGGUAGAAAAAGAAGUAGCUUUAAACAAAUCAGAGCCCUUGAAUGCUCAAGGCGAUUUGGAGCUGGAUUCUGAUACUGACAGUACAAGCAUUUCAAAAAUUGAACCAACAAAAGCUGAGGCGGAAGCUAUUGCCCGGGGAUUGCAGACUAUAAGGAAUGAUGAUUUGGAGGAGAUCCGGGAAUUAGGUUCUGGAACAUACGGUGCUGUUUAUCAUGGAAAGUGGAAGGGUUCUGAUGUAGCAAUCAAGAGAAUAAAAGCUAGCUGCUUUGCUGGAAGACCUUCUGAAAGAGAACGUCUGAUUGCCGAUUUUUGGAAGGAGGCGUUAAUGUUGAGUUCACUGCAUCAUCCGAAUGUUGUUUCUUUCUAUGGGAUAGUUCGUGAUGGUCCUGACGGAUCUUUAGCAACUGUAACAGAAUUUAUGGUUAAUGGAUCAUUAAAACAGUUCCUGCAGAAGAAGGAUAGAACUAUUGAUCGUCGCAAAAGGCUCAUCAUAGCAAUGGAUGCUGCAUUUGGAAUGGAAUACUUGCAUGGAAAAAACAUUGUGCAUUUUGAUUUGAAGUGUGAAAAUCUGUUAGUGAAUAUGAGGGAUCCUCAGCGUCCUGUGUGUAAGAUUGGUGACUUGGGCUUAUCUAAGGUGAAACAGCACACUUUAGUGUCAGGAGGUGUUCGUGGAACUUUACCCUGGAUGGCACCUGAGCUUCUGAGUGGAAAAAGUAAUAUGGUAACUGAAAAGAUUGACGUUUACUCGUUUGGGAUUGUUAUGUGGGAAUUGCUUACGGGGGAGGAACCAUAUGCAGAUAUGCAUUGUGCUUCUAUAAUUGGAGGUAUUGUGAACAAUUCAUUACGUCCAAAUAUUCCAUCAUGGUGCGAUCCUGAGUGGAAGGCUUUAAUGGAAAGUUGUUGGGCCUCUGAUCCUGCAGAGAGGCCAUCAUUUUCGGAAAUUUCUCAGAAGCUGAGGAACAUGGCUGCUGCAAUCAAUGUGAAAUAACUCUGGUUCUGGCAGUCAAUCUCAAUCCUUGCAGUCUCAAGGGAAAAAUGGAAAAUAAAUCUAAAAAAAAGCAUAGAUAUUGCAGUCUAAGGCACCUAUUGAUUUUUUUUUAAGUAUAGGGAGGCCUAUUAUGUAACACUAUGCAUUGGUUCAUUUUCGACGAACCUCCUGUAGUACUGCCAGUCAAUUCAUGGUAUCUUUUCAUAUGGAGUGCGACUUGAACCACUUUAGGUUGGAUUAUACCGAGAAGACUACGUAAUGCAUGGAAAGGGGACCAUGCGUGUAGACAAGAAUGAUUUUUCAAUUUUGCUUUGAUUGGAGAUGGUGGUACUAUAGGUGAAUCCAACCCAUCAUUCCAGGUGGAACUUUCCUUUUGAAAGGAUUUGUAUAUAACUUAGUGGUGAUCACAAUGUUCUAAACUUUAUCAGAGGAGUAGAAUAAUGCAAGUGAAGAUUUAUGACAAAACUAGGAUUUUAGUUUGUCAUAAUUCCUUGUUUUGUUUCCUUGAAUUUUGCUUGACAGAAUCUUCAUCCUUAUAUGUCAAUAUAUAAUCCGUUAUUCGAGAUGUAAAAUGUACGCUGAUAUUCUGCAAGGAGGUCGCUGAAUAAACCAUUCUAUCUUUUGGACCAGAA